AUGCAAGGGUCCAAGGGUCUAGACUACGCUCUGGAGACAGCAGUGGCAGUCUUGAGGGUUAACACCGACCGAAGGUUCCAGCGGUUCGCGGAGUGCGCGUUGCCUCUGGCCACGGGGGUCGCCAAGAGGGCUCUGAGAGAGGUCGGCGUGGGACCCGCGGAUGUCGGGAGGAUCGUGGUCGUCACGUCCACGGGGGUGUGCGGGCCGGGGCUUGACGGAGAGCUCGUCAAGAGCAUCGGGCUGAACCACUCGGUGGAGAGGGAGGUGGUGUCCUUCCAGGGGUGCGGCGCCGGGAUCAACGGCCUCCGCCUGGCCUCGCAGUACGCGGUGACGCACCCCGGGCGGCUGGCACUGCUGGUCUCGGUGGAACUCCCUUCCUUGCACAUGCACAAGGGGGACACGGUGAACGACGCGAUCUUGCACGCGAUCUUCGGGGACGGGUGUGCCGUGGCGGUCGUGGCCGGACGGACGGCGAGAAACGCCGAACCGGGGUCCUUAGCGGUCCUGGACAACCGAUCCUGGCUGGUGGACGGUACGGAGGACGGGAUCAAGAUGACCUUCGGUGACAACGGCGUGUCGUGCACGCUGUCGAAGCGACUGCCGGACUACGUCAAAACCAACGUGGCAGACUUCGUUGAAGAGAUGUUGGGGGCCCAUGGCGUCGACAAGGGUGACGUUGAUUUCUGGGCGCUUCAUCCGGGGGGGCACCGUAUCGUCGAGGAGACGCGCAAGAGUCUUAACCUGAGUCUGGAGGAGACGGAGGGUUGCUGGGAAGUGUUGCGAGACUACGGGAACAUGGUUUCCGCCACAGUCCUAUUUGUUUUGGAGCGGGCGCUCGGGCAACACAAGCGACUGCGAGAAAAUGGUGGCGGCGACGGCCGCGGCUUGCAGCACGUCGUGGCUCUCUCCUUUUCCCCCGGGGUGACGGUGGAGGGAUUACUACUCAAGGCCAUGCCGUCGGUUGUCGCCCAGCCCAACGGCCAACGCUGAACGAACCCUUGGCCGGGUAAAAUUUUUUAUGGCGGAUUGCCCUGGGCUCGCUACGGCGUGUGUUUCCGGUGGUCCGUUGUCCGUGACGUGAAGAAGAAUGUGUUUGUUGAAUGUCGGUGAGGAGCAAGUUUCUUGCCUGGCAUUUUAACUUUGUUUCGAGUGCAGCUUCCAACACUGCUGUCGCCGCAGUUUUGGGGGGCUCUCUUUCUCCACACCCAUGGUGGUAGACAUCAUCGUUUUUUUUAUCGUUUCGCGAGAGUGCUUGACGUGGCACCCCGGCGCGAUCGCCAGUUUUAACCGUUUCGUUGUUCUUGUAUUUUUGCCCUCACCCGCUCCAAGCCAGGGCACCGUGCCCAAAAUCAAUGGUACCGGGCGGAACGUGAACCAGAGUAUUUUACUUACCUCUUUGCUUUGAAGAGCACCCAACUCCUUAAGUUACCACGGAACCGUGUUGUUGAGAUGCUGAAUAAAGUCUCAGAAGCUUGUUAGAGGGUACACUGUUGCUGUUGUUCUGUACAAGACCCGGCGUGCACUUCGCACACCAUUUCCAAUGUAGAUGUAAGAGCCAAUGUUACACAACACGUGCUCAUUUCUGUGGGUACUUUUUUUCCUUCUCUUUUUAAUCUCGUGUGUGAAGAGAAAGGUCUUUCCUGGUUGUUUUGCUCUGUUUCGCGUCCCGUAUUUUGGUGAGAGGAUCCUGUGGCUAUCGAACGAAGUCGUACCCACUGCUGUUGUACAAAGUAGCUGGGUAGUAGAGUGCGGAACAAAUUGCGAAGGGACACGGAGGAAGUGGAACUGUUUCCAACAC